AAUCGCUUCUGUUGGUUAGUUAACUUAAUUUAAUCGCCUAAAGCAUAUUACUAUUAGAUUUCACAUACGAAAUAUAUCGGUUGUAAUAUAUACAGUUAACCCAUCGCAGGACAUUUAAAUGGAGAUUAUGAAAGUAUUUUGGCUUUUGUUGAUCGCGGCCAAUAUAAGUGCAAACGAAACAAAUGACGUGAAGACAAUAUUCGAGCAACUUGAAGUCGUCCCAGAUGUUGUACAAAGUGCACCAAACCGGUUUUUAAAAGUGACUUAUGCCAACGACUUGGAAUUGAAAGCGGGCAUAGAAUUCACACCAACUCAAGUAAAGUCCCAACCUUUGGUAGAAUGGGAGGCGGAUCAAGAUUCAUUUUACACACUUAUAAUGACAGAUCCAGACGCACCAAGUCGCAAUGCACCAAAAUUUCGCGAGUUCAAACACUGGCUAGUGGGUAACAUCCCAAACAAUGACAUUUCAAAAGGUGAAGUUCUAAGCGCUUAUGUCGGCUCAGGACCUCCAAAAGAUUCAGGACUGCAUCGUUAUGUAUUCUUGCUCUACAAACAGAAUGGAAAGUUGGAAUUCAAUGAGGCAAGAGUUGGAAAUAACAGCAGAGAAGAACGUCCCAAUUUCCGUGCAGCUAACUUUGCUUUAAAGUAUGACCUUGAUUAUCCUAUAGCAGGCAACUUUUAUCAAGCACAAUGGGAUGAAUAUGUUCCCUUCGUUCAUAAACAGCUUUCAGGCAACUAACACAAUUUGAUAUAUUGAUUUGGUUUGUAUUGAAUUGUAAAUCAUUUUUUUUAAUUAAAUAAGACUAGUUUGGCUGCUUUCAAAAAUAUUA